CUAGAUGCCUGUGAAAGAAAUUAAGGACAUCUUCCCUCCUUUCCUGUGUCUUAUUGGAAGUUUGGAUUUCAGUUUCCAGGGAGGCCCUGCAUUUGAAUCUAUAGAGACUCAGCUCAGAAAGUUUCUCAGUCUUGCACAGCUGACAGCUGUCAUCAGUCUUCAAUCAAAAGUGCACCAUUAUUUGAAAAGGGAUACAAAAGAUAUUUGAGAGAAAAAAAGACGAUAAAGAAGCACAGGAUUUUGGUGGGCUACACACUCUGUCCUUGGAAGAGUGACACUGGUACCCAAGGAGACAUCGCAAUGCACGUUUGCUGGCUGCUGCCUUGUGUGCUGGGGAUCCCCUGCCUCUGGCCUGGCUUUGCAGUGGCAGGAGACUCUAGUAGAGAGAAGGCUGAAAAACAGGCAGACUCUCAUUGGAGAGUGAAGCGAGGCUGGGUGUGGAACCAAUUCUUUGUACCAGAGGAAAUGAAUGGAAUUCAUUACAUUGGACGGCUAAGAUCUGACUUGGACAAUGGAAACAACUCUUUUCAAUACAAGCUUUGGGGAGAUGGAGCUGGAAGUCUUUUCACCAUUGACAACAGAACAGGUGACCUAUAUGCCAUACAGAAGCUCGAUAGAGAGGAACGGUCCCUCUACACCCUGAGAGCCCAGGUAAUAGACACCACCACUGGAAGGGCUGUGGAGCCUGAGUCUGAGUUUGUCAUCAGAGUUUCGGAUAUCAAUGACAAUGAACCAAAAUUCCUAGAUGAACCUUAUGAGGCCAUUGUCCCAGAGAUGUCUCCAGAAGGAACAUUCGUCAUCCAGGUAACAGCAAGUGACGCUGAUGAUCCUACGAGUGGCAAUAAUGCACGUCUCCUGUACAGCUUACGACAAGGGCAAGCCUAUUUUUCUGUUGAACCCACAACAGGAGUCAUAAGAAUAUCUUCCAAAACUGACAGAGAACUACAAGAUGAAUACUGGGUAAUUAUUCAAGCCAAAGAUAUGAUUGGCCAGCCUGGAGCACUGUCUGGAACAACGAGUGUACUAAUUAAACUUUCAGAUAUUAAUGACAAUAAGCCAGUAUUUAAGGAAAGUUUCUACCGCCUAACAGUCUCUGAAUCUGCACCCAUUGGRACAUCUAUUGGAAAAAUUAUGGCAUAUGAUAGUGACAUAGGAGAGAAUGCAGAAAUGGAUUACAGCAUUGAAGAGGAUGAUUCAAAAACAUUUGACAUCAUUACUGAUAAUGAGACUCAAGAAGGAAUUGUUAUAUUAAAAAAGAAGGUGGACUUUGAGCACCAGAGCCACUACGGUAUUAGAGCCAAAGUUAGGAACCGGCAUGUGGACAAGGAGCUCCUGAUCUACCAYGCUGAUGCCUCCACCACUUUCAUUAAGGUCCGAGUGGAGGAUGAAGAUGAGCCUCCUGUUUUCCUCCUCCCAACUUAUAUAUUUGAAAUUUUGGAAGAAAAUCCACGUGGAGCUUUUGUAGGCACAGUAUCUGCCAUAGAUCCAGAUCAAAGGAAAUCGCCCAUCAGAUAUUCUAUUACUGGAARUAAAGAGUUCACUAUCAGUGACAAUGGCACGAUCAUUGUCACUAGCACACUUGACCGGGAGAUCAACGCAUGGUACAACCUAAGUGUCACAGCCACAGAAAGAUACAAUGUUCAACAGAUUUCUUCAGUUCCUGUGUACGUACAAGUUCUAAAUGUCAAUGAUCACGCUCCUGAGUUCUCUGAAUACUAUGAGACUUAUGUGUGUGAAAAUGCAGACUCUGGUCAGGUAAGAAAGCUUCCUAAAUUACCGAAGUCUGAGGAAAAUUCUUUGGAUAGUGAAACUUGUUCUUUCAAGAUCGUGAUGAGACUGUGUCUCCAAGUUCUUAGCAGGAAGCCUGUUCCCUUCUGUGAAGACCAGAAUGUGCUGCCAGGUGCGCUGGCAUUGCAUAGAAGCAGCACUGUCUGCGUGGACUGCAGAGGGCAGCAGACCCAGGUUCAUGUCUUUGGCCAGAUGUGUGAGGGUAUCCGCUAUUUACGAUGCAAAUGA